ACUUAAGUUUCGCCAACUUUUAAAAACAGUAGUACUCUUUUCAUUGACAGUUUUACAGUUUGGUAACUUGUGUUUAUAGCAUGAUAGCAGAAGACCCAACAGUAGCGUACCUUGACGUUAUUGAACACACCUUAGCAGAUUUGUCAGCCAGUUGAACUCGAACCAAAACAAACUCAGAAGGAAAAACAUUUGGCUUAGUCAUCUGACAUCCAAACAGCUAUUUCCCAAAUGCCGCGGCAGCUAAACAAAAGGUGUGAGAAGAAGUAAAUAACUGUCGCUUUCAGAGCUAACUUGGCUUGUAGUGUUAGUUUGCGCUAGCCGUUAGCUAGAAUGCUAACGUUGCUAACAGACGCCGCUGGUACCGUUAGCUAGGUGGGAACGUUAUGCCAGAUGAUCCAGCAGCAGCCGCUGGAAGUAGAAGCUGCUGCUUCUUUUGCCUUAACUAUCAGCCCAGCAGUUUGAGACGGGCCUGCCAGCUAGUCACGUAGCUAGUUUAGCUUAUCUGAGACACUUAAAACUCAUUUUCUACGUUGCCUUUUACUGCCUGGAAUAAUAACUCCAGUAUGGGGAUGUGCUUACCGUGCCUUGGUGGAGCAGCGGACGACGUGGUUGUCACUCCAGAUCCGGAGACAAGGAGGCGACAGUUAGCUGAAGCCGCAGAGAAGAGACAAAAAGAGACAGCAUACAGGGGUGUUAAAAAUCCAGAAGCAGUCGAGAGGAAAAGGAAAAAACAGGAAGAAGUUGAGAAACAGGCGAUGACCACCUCUGUGUCUGGUGGUGGUGGAUUGAAGUGGCAGGUUGGCUGAAAAUCCUGGACGGUAAAGUCUGAACUCUGAUGUCCAAAACUACAUGAAGUAUUGCUGCAAAAGGACUUGAAGAUGUUGGAACUGCUGUCCAUUUUUACCUUUUUCUUGCCUGUUUUUAACAUGUUAUGAGACAGACGGUUACAAUUGUUUGACAUCAUUAAAAUACAUCUGAAGCUGCCCCACACAAAAUACAGAAGUAUUUGCCAAGUUUAUACGAGCCAUGUUUGAACUUUGGACAAGUCAGGGAUGGCACAGUAACUGCAAGCAAACAUACUUUAUGUACUACUUUAUUAGUUUUAUUUGACAGUUGAUUGAGCAUAAUCUUACAGUGAUUUCCAUUAGAUAACACAGGGGCACAUGACUUUGAAGUUCAGUUGUAUAUUAAGACAGAGCUGCCCUCAACAUUUUUGGUUUUCAUAGUUGAGGAUCAGUUUUCACUGUAUAUCCGUUAAUAUCUACAUUAUAUUUUGUGUGAAUUCUCUGAAAAUCCAAGCACCAUGUUGACACUUUAUCACUUUGUUUUGGGCUCUGUUUUUUUGGCAACACAAAGACUAGUGCAAAAAAUGCUUUAACUUGUUGGCUUCCACUAAACUUCUUAUGUGUUUUGCUUGUCACUGCGGUAUUUUGGUGACCAGUAAAAUGCAUCUCACAUGGGAGUAAUAUUGUGGUGAGACUAGACUAGUAUAUGUUUCACAACUCGGUCCGUACAUGGCGUAACAUCACUCGCUAAUUUGGUGAUUGCAUCAGUAAGCACAAACUACACUUGAUAAAAAGCUGGUAAAUAAUUUAAAACACUAAGAUAAAACAACGAACAGGAGCAGCAGUGGAUGUCUAUUGCACUUUAGUCUUUGCCCUGCUUUCAUGGAGCCCUUUUUUUUUUCUUUGCACAUUGGAUUGCAAUUUAUGCAAAACACUGAUGUGAUGGCUGCUUAAUAUAUAUGAGAUAUGAAAUGUAUUUGUGAAUUGCCACAAUACAAUAUGAAGCUUUUGUUAGACACCGAUUUGCACACAGUCUGUCAAUAGUUGGCAAACAGCAAAUAUGCUUGGGAGAUUCAUGUCAGCUACAGUGGAAACAGGAAGAGACUGAAGGAAGAGAAAGACAAACAGAUAGUGAAAUAUUUAUGUUAAUUGAGUGCAUUUCUUACAGCCUUUUCUUGAACCUUAAAUGCUUCCGGUGCCCUUGUCAUUUUGUAGAACAGGAAAUUUAGCCAAUGUUAUUUGCUACAAUAAAUCACAUUUCUGCUA